AUCAAACAAUAUUAAUUUAUUCUCUUCUUUUGUUUAUUCUGGUCAUUUGGAACUAGGACAAAUAAAAAAGUAGACUGUCGAUACAUAAAUAAUAGUUAGCAAACCCAAAAUGAGGAAAGAGCAAGAAGAUACACCGCCUUCGUCAAUAAAUGGUGAUGAAAUUGGCAGUAUGGAUGAUGAGGGCAUAUAUUAUGAAGAAAUGGAAGAAAUAAAUCUAGACGAUGAAGACAUGGACGGGAUAGAUUAUCAAGAAGACAUGGAAAUGGAGAAACCAGAAGACCAUGCUAUUAUGGUAUUCGAUAAACACAAUGGUUCCAUAUUUUGUUGUGAUUUACAUCCUAGUGGUAAACUUGCAAUCACUGGAGGAGAAGAUGAUAAAGCAUAUGUCUGGUCUGUAGAGACUGGUGAUGUUGUAAUGGACUGUACUGGUCACAAGGAUUCUGUUAUUUUUGUCGGGUUUAGUUUUGAUGGAGCCUUCGUAGCCAGUGUCGAUAUGUGUGGACUAAUAAAAGUUUGGAAAUGUAACUUGGAAGGUAGUCAACAAGAAACCUGGCCUGUUGUGUUUGAAUAUGAGGCAGAUGAUCUGAGUUGGGGUCUGUGGCACUUUGGAGCUCGAGUGCUUAUAUGUGGUGCUGUUACUGGAGAUAUAUUUAUUUUUAAAAUACCAUCAGGAGAUACUAAAGUCUUGCAAGGUCAUAAUAUUAAGACGGAGUGCGGCAAGAUGUUUCAUGAUGGAGUUCGGUUGGCAGCUGGAUAUGAGGAUGGAACUGUUAAAAUUUGGGAUCUGAAAACAUGCACAAUGUUGCAGCAGGUGCCUGCAGCAAUACACCAAAUACGUGUCACCGCCAUAGAUACCCACCCGGAAAAUAGUCUUGUUGCAUCCAUAGGAACUGAUGGUAAAAUCGUCCUGACUACAUCAAACAAUGGUAAAGUUGUUGCUCAAUUGCAAACGGAAAUUGAUUUAGAAGUCGUAGCCUUUUCACCAGAUCCACAGCUUGAAUUCCUCGCUUUGGGUACAUUAAAUGGAUCCGUAACCGUGUGGGACACGGCGCGGCAAAUGAUUCGUCACCAUUGUGCUAAGUCUAGCGACGAUGUGGCUGCAGGCGUGACGAAAAUGAUCUGGGUAGACGACCAGUUAGUUACUGGCUGCCUCGAUGGUUCCGUGCGAGUGUAUGAUGCAAGAUCCGGCAGUCGAAGCCUCACGCUGACUGGACACUGGUCUGAAAUACUAGACUUAAGCUACAAUUCAAAGGAAAAACUUAUAUUGACCACCUCAGAUGACGGCACUGCAAGAAUAUUCAAGUAUGCAGUUAAAACGGAAAACGAUUAACGUUCAAUAAAACUUUAUAUUUGUAAUUUAUUUUUUAAUAAAUAUAUUUGAGUAUGUUAU